AUGCCUCUUCCACUUCCAGUAGAGAAAUUUCUUGGUGAUUUAGAUAAGAAACUUCAUCAACCCGGAUAUUUUAAUGAUAUUUUUGAGAACGUUGAGAAGAAAACAGGAAUUAAACGCAUACACAUUGUAGGAGGUUUCUUCGCCUUAAAUGUUCUUUAUUUGAUUUUUGGACACUAUGCAAAUUUAAUGUGUAAUUUCAUAGGAUUUGCUUAUCCAGCUUACAUCUCAGUCAAAGCAAUAGAAUCAGCUCCAAAAGAAGAUGACACUCAAUGGUUGACAUAUUGGGUUGUAUAUGCAUUCUUUAGCGUUAUUGAAACAUUCUCUGUUGCAAUUGUUUCUGUAUUUCCACUAUAUUGGUUGUUCAAAUGUGCUUUCUGUCUUUACCUUUAUUUGCCAUUUACCAAUGGAGCUCAAAUACUUUACUUUAGAUUUGUUAAACCCGUUAUACUCAAACACCAACAAUCUAUUGAUGAAGCUUUGAAAAGAGCCGCUAGAGUUGGUGAUUCUGCUCGUGAACAAUUUGAAAAGACAGUUAAAGUUAACUGA